AUGUCUUCGACGUACGCCAAAUCCGACCGGAGUCGCGACUGGGAGCCAUUUCCUCUCCCACCACUACUUCCCGCAGACCCGCCUCUCCCGGACCAAUACAAUACGCCGCACUUUAUACAACCGUUUGACUUCGUGAAGGGCUAUGUCCGUACGACGCACAUCUUCCCUGCUGCAUGGCCGCGGCACGCGCCGCAUGUGCCCACUCCGCCGUCUUAUGUGGACACACCCGAUGGCGAGGAUAGACGCGCGAAGAAGGCGAGGGUUGAGAAGGUCGGGCGCGAGCUUUUGGAUCUCGGGGCACAGUACGAGCACGGGAAGCUUGAUGCACUGCCGGGUAGCGACAAGGUCCUUUGGAUAUGCGCGAAUCGCUACGUUCGCGAGGCGGGUAUGGCGAGGAGCAGUCCAGGAACGACGUUACUAUGUCUCCAUGGGAACGGAAUGCACAAGGAACUCUUCGAGCCGAUGCUGAGCCGUCUCUUCACGCUACGCGACGACGUGGACGAAGUCUGGGCACUCGAUGCAGUGCAGCACGGGGACUCUGCUCUCCUGAAUGAAGUCAACGACAGCCUCGGGAUCCUCUUCUCAUGGUCCGACAGCGCACGCGACGUCCUCUGCUUCCUAGAGCACUACUUGCCGCCAGUCCCAUGCACGCACCUCCCGACCAUGCUGGAACGCGUGCCAUCCGAGCUUAACCAGUUCUGGUCCACCAGAGGUCACCCGGGGAGGAAGGUCAUAGGCGUUGGCCACUCCUUUGGUGGAUGCCUCUUGACGCUGGCAGCGCGGACGGCCCCCUCCUACUUCGACGCGCUCGUUCUCAUCGACCCUCUCAUCCUACCCCGCGAGCUAGACGACAAAGCUAUGACAUUCCUUCGCGCGUUCAUCUUUAACGCGUUGGCGCGCCGCGGCACGUGGGAGACCCAUCAGGAAGCGCUCGCGGCGUUCAAGGCAUCUCCCAUAGGCGCAUGGCCGGACGAGGUCCUGCAGCUUUACGUGCAGCACGGGCUGACAGAUGUCCCGAGCGGCGACGUGCGUCUCAAAUGCACACCGUUGCAAGAGGCCGUGGUGUUCGUGGAAGCUAGCGGUGCACAUCAAGCUUGGACCGUUCUUCCGGACAUCGACGAGCGUAUAGCGAUGCAUUGGAUUCUCCCGCCUACCAGCCAAAGUAUAGCCAUGAUCGAAGACAUUGCCGCGGCGCGUGUUCAUCGUCGACCGAAGAACACUUCGCAUGUUGUGCUACCGGAGGGGACGCAUCUCCUUGUCCAGAGUCACCCGGACGAAGUGGCGAAUGAGCUGAACAAGUUCUUGUCGGACCGGCAAUGGCAGACGAGGAAAGUUCAGCCCAUGGCACGGCUAUAA